CAAUCCGUCCAAACCUCUGUUGGUCAGAAUGGCUUUCUUACGACAGGGCGCGCAUUUUUUCACGGCCACCACCAGGAGAACAAGGUGGUGUUCAGGGUUAGGCAAAAGCCUGCAGACACAGUGCUUCAGGUCCCCGUCU